AUGGUUAAGGAGAGAGCUAUUAAGUCUGCAUACUGGUUCAUUGAGAUCGCGGCCAGAGAAGAGGGAAAAAAAUUGUUGGUUAGGUCACGGAGAUUGAGACUGCUGCCCAAAGACAAUGGCUUUGAUCUUCUAAAUGACGGUCAUUUAGAGUCAGAGAAAGAGGGGGAGACAGAGAGACAUGCUGGCAAUGAAGAGGAGCUAGACUGGUGUUCCCUGGCAUGGGUUUGUUGCAUAACAGUCAACCUUUACUUCAACUUGGUCAAAGAAAUCAGAACAGAUCACUUUGCAGUUGCAUAUUAUGUUGCAGCGUGGGGUGUGCCUUUCAUUCUGUCCUGUCUUCCACUGUUUGGUGAUUAUUAUGGCCCUGCUGGAGCAUGGUGCUGGAUCACAGAUGAUCAUGUUGCUUGGAGAUUUGGCAUAUGGUACAUCCCAUUGUUUGUCCUCAUCUUUCUGAUGAUGUCCUGCUACAUUCGCAUAUUUUAUGUGGCUAAACGGAGGGCAGCAUGCCAAAUUUGUGCUGCAUUCUAGUUUGCAUUAUUGUUGCAGUCUGCCAGUGUGAAAUGCACUACUGAGCGACUACUGGAUACC